GGUGUUCUUUUUGGUUGGGAGAUUGGGAGGGGAAGUAGGUGUCAAAAUAAUGUCAAAAUGGGUCUGACUCUGACGUCACACGUGAAUCAGUUAUGAAUUUACGUGAUUCAUUCCGUAGAUUGUAGUGUAUUUGUUAUUAAAAAAAAAUCCAUAUACGUAAUACAUGAAAUAAAGUCUGAAAGACAUUAAAAAAGUACAAUGAUGUUAACUUCAGUAACAAUAAAAGAUGCCUGAUGUGUGUGUUUUACGUAGCUAUUCAGUGUUUGUCGUUCGGCCAAAAGUGAUAGAGCUCCAAAAUGCCAUUCGAUUUUCUGUGCUGUGUGAGACCCGGUGUGGAAGACAUAGUGGAGCUAGAUUAUUCUCAUCAUUCGUUAACGGAUGUUCCAACGGACGUGUUCGUGUACGAGAGAACUCUUGAAACUCUACUAUGCCAGAGCAAUCGUAUCACGGAGCUGCCCCGGCAGCUAUUCAUGUGCCAUGGUUUAAAAUACUUAGAUCUGAGUGACAACGAGCUCCAGGCGAUCCCAUCGGCCAUAUCAUCAUUGGUCAAUCUGCAGCAUUUGAACAUCAGUAGAAACACCCUAGCAUCCAUACCAGAUAACAUGAAAUCACUAAAGAAUUUAAUUUUCUUAGAUCUUAGUGUGAAUCCAUUAGAAAAAUUGCCCGAAACGAUCACCAACCUCAUUGCUCUACAAGAUUUAUAUCUGAAUGACACAUACUUAGAGUAUCUUCCUGGAAACUUUGGUCGAUUAGCCAAUUUACAUAUUCUCGAGUUGAGAGAUAACUAUUUAAUGAUUCUACCUAAGUCUCUGUCUCGAUCCACUGAGCUCCUGAGGUUAGAUAUUGGACAAAAUGAAUUCCAACAGUUUCCUGAAGUCAUUGGAAGAUUUCUAAAGUUAAAAGAAUUGUGGAUUGACAGCAACAGUUUCACUAGUAUCCCCGCAGUAAUAAAGCCUUUAGAAAACCUAAUACAUUUAGAAGCUAGUAAUAAUAUGAUAGAGGAGCUAGCUCCAGAAAUUGGUUAUUGCACUCAAUUGGAAGACAUCACUUUGUCCAUUAAUAGUCUAACACAGCUUCCAGACAGCAUUGGUCAACUGAGCAAUCUGACAGCUCUCAAAUUGGAUAAUAAUAGGUUGUAUUCAAUACCAGAUAGUAUAGGACAAUUGAAAAAUCUGGAAGAAUUAAUGUUGAUGUGUAACUACAUAGAUAAAAUACCAUCUUCAAUCGGCCUGUUGAGGAAACUGAAAUAUUUUAAUGUUGAUGAAAAUUUGUUAAGAGUGAUCCCACCGGAAAUUGGUAGUUGUUCCAAACUAUCUGUGCUGUCACUUCGUGCUAACAAGCUGACAAAAGUCCCUCCAGAGAUUGGCCAUUUGACCUCUUUAAGAGUUUUGAACCUGGUGAGAAACUCCCUGAGUUUUCUUCCGCAGUCAUUAUUGAAUUGUGACAAUCUAGUUGCCCUCUGGCUGUCUGAAAAUCAAAGUAAACCUUUAGUGCCUAUGCAUUCUGAAGUAGAUCCUAAUACUUAUGAACAAGUUCUCACUUGUUUUCUCUUUCCCCAAGUGCCUUUGACUCCCAUCGAGAUUACUUCAGAUAACGUAAAGCCAGACAACACAGAAGCACCAAGUGCCCCACGUCACAUCAGUUUUGUUGACAUGAAACCUGCCACAAAAACUAUAGAAAAACCAGGUCAGUUACGAAGAGCUCCUACUCCAUAUCCAAAAGAACUAAGGGCUAUGGCAAAACAUGCAAGAAAUAUUCACAAAGAUGGUACACAGGAUGUAUCCCCACCAAUGCAGAAUGCAGUGCAUAUAAAAGCUGCAAAAAUAACUCCUACUUUACAACAGAGAUUUGCUUCAGAUAACAAAGUGGACAGUAAUAAUACUUGCAAUGAUAAUGACAGAGUACAGCAAGAUUCUAUGACAGCAUCAGUUUAUGAUAAUCUACCGACAGAGAAUGCCUACGAUAAACCUCUAGACCUUAAUUAUGAACAGGAUAAAACAUAUAAAAGUGUGGAUCAUGCUCUCUAUGUUGACAAUAAUACUGAUACAGAAGGGUUCAAAAAUGAUAACGUGGAUUCAUGUGGUUUAGCACCAUCACAUUAUACAGUUAAACAGACUGAAAGAUAUUCACCGAGACAAGAUACCAGACCCAACAACUCUGUGCCAUCAAAUAAUUAUAGGGGACUCACAUUAGAAAAUAAAAAUUAUCCAGCAACAAAUGACCACAGCUACCAUACUUGCACUGAGGACAGUUGCCAAAUACAGAGAUUAAGUGUCAGUUCUCAAGAAAGACACCCCUCUGAAGAACCUCUACUGUCACCCCAAUUUAAUGAAAGUCCUUAUUCUGUUAGGUGCAGAGUAGAGAAUUUACCUCCAUUUGAACCUGUUUAUCCUAGAAAAGAAAUGAUAUGCCACGCUGAUACAAAAUAUCAUGGAGACACAUAUGGUAGUGAAAAUUAUGCAUGUGGCGCACAAAAAAUUUAUGCACAAAGAAAGUAUGACGUUUUUAAUUAUCAUCCUCAAGCCGCACGAGAUAUUCCCAGCCCAAGAGUGAGCACAGUAAGCCAAAUUGUUAGUUCUACCACCAUGCCAAAUUUAUGUAACUAUAAUAAUAUGUACGCUCCUGCUAAUAUGGUUCCUCAUCAUUAUACUGGUGCACUUCAUCAAACUUCAUCCCCUAACUGUAACCUUUAUGAAAUAUCAACAGCUAGCCCAACAUAUAUACCCUCACAAUCGCCAGAGCUGUAUUCCCCAACUGGCCACACCAAUGCAACAAAUCCUUAUCGCAUGACAAACACACCCUUGAUAUCAGACGAUGGCAGCUUUACCCAUAUACCUUCUAUUCCUAGUCAAAACAUGUAUGAUAUAUAUGAUGCUAUACCAGCCUCGUCAAACGCUCCUAGUGUGGCAAGUCACAGACAUAGCCCCAGUGGUGGGUCAGAGACAAUGUACAGGAGGAGUCAACCUCCUCCUUAUCACAUUGCAGCUCCGUAUACAAAACAUGCUCAAUAUUUUAAUGGUACUGGGGGAUAAUGAUAAAUUGGAUUACAGAUGUGAUUUUUGAAACAGUUUAAUAUUAUUACUUAACUUUUUUACAUAAUUUGUCCUGUUGGCAACUGUUUUCUGGAUGUGCAAUUUUAAUGUGAUAUCAUACUGUUGAACUUUAAGAUAAUUUUUAAGGUGCUAAACUGGAUCAUGUUGAUGUUAUCCAAAGGGCUAACAAAAGGAAAUAAUGGAAAGCAUUAAAAAUGAUGUGAUGCAAUAGAAAAUCUUGUAGGUACUGUGAGGUACAGUUUUGUAACAACUAUGUUGUCUCAUUUAGGUAUUGUUAUAAAUAUUCAAGAAUAUUGUUAAUAAAUGUCCAGAAAUAUUUUUCAACUUCUUACUGAAAUUAGUAUUUUUUAAAUAAAUUAAUUAAAUUGUGUGGUAAUACACAAAGGUUUUAAUAAUAAAUAAUAAUAUAUUAGAAUUUCAAAAAAUGAUUUUUCUGGACAAUUAUUAUUAAAUAAAUUAUAAGAAUCAAACAGAGUAUGUCUAUGUAUUAAAAAUUCAAAUAUUUUUUUAUUUUCUUUCUUGAGUGUGAUGAUAUGAGUAAUUCUAAGAUUGUUCUUACAAGUCUUAUUAUAUUAUAGAUGUGUUGUUACAUUGGAAUAAUUAUACUUAAUAAUUGCUCUCUAUUACUUCUAUACUUUCAAUUUGAUUUGGGUGCUGAAGUUCCUAUAUGGAUCAAAAACAUUUUUUUUCAAACAGCAGUAAACUAAGACAUAUAUAUUUUUUCUGCUCUACUCUAUUGUGUACCUAUUCAAUAUUUUUUUAUGUAUGUAUUUAUAUUUAUGUACAUUUCAAUAUUUUUGUAUAUUUUUUAUAAUUUGUGGUAUUCUGCAAUAUACUUUUUAUGCCUACAUUGAGUCACUAUUAUUGCAUUAAAUAUAAUUUACAAUUUUUUUUAGAUUAAUGAAGAAAUCUAAGUAGUAUUUAUUGAACUUAUAUUUAAGAAAUUAAGCAUUUAUAAGGGCUAAAUGAGGGUCGAAAUCCAGAUGUACUUAUAUGUAUAUGUAAUGUUAACAUAAUAAAAUUAUUGACAAAUUCUAUAAAUUUUAAAAAUUAUUACUGAAUGAGAUAAGAAGAGUUUAGGAGCACGAAUAUAAUUUCUGGAUUUUAGUAACAAUUGUAAAUCUGUAAAAACAGUUUCUGUAAUAUACUUUCUUAGUCUAAUUUGGAGAUUCUGUUCAUUAUUA